CUCAUCCAUGGUCAAUCGAGCUCGAUAUGAGUGAUUGACCGGCGCUGAGGGUGACCGCUGUGCGGUCCCCUGGAGCAUACGCCUUCAGUAUGGGAGUUUCCCAUUUUGUGCAUCGUCCGAACUGGACGAAUUCUCGAUUGCAGGAUAGACUUUGUUCCAUUUCUUUGGACAGCUUGGGGCUUGAUCCCCUCGUUCUUCUUCUGUUCAUCUCUUCUAUUGUGUAUAGACGGCACGGAGAGCCGCGUGUAUUUGUUUCCCCUUCCAUUUUCUCUCCAUGCAUUUCCUGCCUUGAUUUCACUUCUUCAAUUUGUCUUCUUGUCCAUGUUUCCAUUUGUGAUUACUCACUUUGCAUAUGCGACCCAUUCUUUGGUUGGGUUGCAUGGGUGUUCUCAAGCGUGUUAGCUGUUUUCCUGUCUGCCAUGAAUACCUCAUCUGUCUUUGAUUUGUUUCUUGCUUAUCUGGAGUUUCUACCCGGGGGAAGGGAUCCACCACAAAAGAUGUGUUUUGUACUGUACAAAUAAGUUUUGUGCCUAUGUGUGCGGGCUACGAGGAAUUGACGGGGUCACUACUGCAUGACCGUCUGUCAAGAUGGAGUUUCCGAAUGCGAUGAUAUCCGCCUGAAGAUCUACAAUGAUAUGGUCACUGGGCUUGAUCCAUAUACCUGAAUUAGAUGUUCUCUUCUAGUG